GCUAACGAAACCACCACCAUGAGUUUCGUUCUGAAGCUAGAUGUGGAGGCCGCGACGGCGCCGGUGGUAGAGAAGGACAGCGUCGAGAGUGAAGGACAACCGCCAUCGACGUUACUGUUUGCCCGGGAGGUUUGGCGAUCCCAAGAUCCCGUUGUGGUCGCCACCACUACCACCACCACCACCACCAUGACAGGGAACACCGUGAUAAUCGCGAGCGGCGACAACGCUGCCGCUGCUCCUAAUUGCGGCAAGUCGCAGCUGUUGCAGUGUCUGGAGGUGGCGAACAACCAGGAGGAGCAGACGACGACGGUCACCACUGCGUCCGCUCCCACGACCACCGUCAAGCCCGUGGUGACCUAUCCAGUCGCCAAAGGCGCGAGGGAGCAGGUGCAGAGAAUGAUCGCCGGUUCGCAGACCAACACCACGGAGGUGUUGACAACGCGCGUUAUUUCGCAGAAGCUAUCGCCAUCGUCCGCUGAUCAGACGCCGCAGCCGGUGACCGUCAACAUUUCCUCUCAGACAUCGAUUAACUCGACGUCCUCACCAUCCCCCAAUAGUAGCGGCGUUCUCUCCCCCUGGCAGGCAACCGUGACCACGGUACAGAGCAAUCAGCCGAAGAAUCAGGUUACGAUGAUCGCUGACUUUAUCCAUUGUAGUAAGCAGCAACAAAUGACGAGUACGGCGAGCAAUGUACAGACCACGUUACAUCACAAGCUUCAGCCGGUCUACUCCAUGGGUACUUCCACUACGGCGGUGAAGGCAACGGAUCUACAAAGAUAUCACACGAAAUCAUUGCCAGGCAGCGUCAUCUCACCUAGUCAAUCUGCGCAAAAAAUCAAGACCGUGACGAAUGUGAUUACUAAUCCGUCUACCAUAGUCGCGCAACGUAAUAAUUCCCUGUCGAGGUCACAGGGCAUGCCGAAGACGCGAGUGUUACCGGGCCAGUUUAUAAACAAUCAGGCGGCUGCGAACAACGCGAAUCCGCAGAAGAUUCAGCUAGGCAGUCCGACGAUACAGAAGACGACGCAGCCCGUCGGCGUGACGAACGUGCAAAAGACAACGCUCCAAUCUGUCUGCAACAAUCAGAAUCAGAAAGUUCCGUUGUUGAGCGGCAACCAUCUUCCAAACCUCAAGACGCAACAGCAAGGUCUACAGAAGUUGCAGGUGUCUCAGAAGAUGCCGCUAGCUAUGGGCAGGCAGCAGUUUCAGUCGAGCACGCAACAGAUGAACAAUGUCUCGAAAUCUAGUGGCGUCGUAACCGGUGUACAAAAGUAUCAGUCACCGGGAAAAUCUUAUGUAGCAUGCCCGCCAGUGGCGUUAUCUCAAGCUAGAUCUCAAUCGACGGCAACCGGAUUGCAGCAGUCUCAGACAUUGGCAACAGUACAAACUACCAAACUGCAAACCACAACGAGUAAUGUCUGCAAGAGCAAUAGUAUGCCGAAUGUCUCCAAACCGUCGCAAAACUCGAACGUGCUCACGAUUGGCAAACAGCAAUUGCAGAUGCAACCUACGUCGGCGCAUUUGUUACAGGGUUCGCAACAAGUAAUCCAAAAGUCUCAACAGCAGCAAUCGGCGAACGCGAAUAACUUACAGGUUCAAAGAAGUCACAGUAUUACCAAUGUGCACUCGAAGAUGAUAGCGUCUGUACCAAACAAUCAAAGAACUCCGGUUGUGAUGAACUCGAAGGUACAACAGCAGCAACAGCAACAAACGGUGAUGAGGGUGUCGAAGGGUCAGACGCAAGCUGCGCAAACUGUAGCUGGUUUGAAGACUAUCUCGCAGAAAACUAUAGUGAACCCCGCCAAGGCUACUGCGAACUCUCAAAACAAUGUCAUUCAACAGCCUCUAGUACAGAGAAAUAACAAUCCUCAAUCUGUGAAAAUCGUUCAGCAGCAACAACAACAACAACAGCAGCAGCAGCAGAACGUAAUCUGUCCGCAGAACGCUCCGCAGAAACAGCCUGGAUGCAUCAAGACUAUUCCGCCGCAGAAAUCCGUGCAAAGAAAUCACGCUCAGAAAAUCAGCGGCGCUGGCGUUAAAUCCUUGUCGAGUCCGAACGUAACGGGAUUUACGAAAGCUCAAGGUCCGACCGCGACGCAAGUAACAACGAAAAGCUGCAUCAAGACGUUGCUGCCGCAGCAAACGGUGGUCCCACCGUCCAACGUGAUAUCUCCGCACAAAAACUCGCCGAUCAAAAUCCAACAACAAGCGAUACAGCAGAAGCAACUGAUCAUGUCGCCGCAAUACACCCAGCAGAUCCGGCAGCAGGCCGGACAAAUAAAAACUUUAUUUCCGAUAACCUCGGCUACGAUUGAACCUCGUAAAGACCUCACUGAGAACAAAAACGACAACGAGUCACGGAUGUCCAAAGAAGAGGAGCAGAGUACACCUAAAUCGCCAGUGAGAAGAAUGCCGCUUCCUUACGAGUGUCUUCAGUUCGUUCUUCAAGACCACAAUUAUGGGGCGCCACCGCCGCGAACGCCACCACCGCCUCCAUCGUCACCCCCUCACCCGAAGCAACAACCCAUUAACGGAGCCGGCAGUUCCACAGUUCCUCAACAUCCUUACAUCUUCGGGCCUGUUGUGAGUAACACCAAUGUGGAGGAUGACGCUGCCAGUGCGAUCAGCAGUGAAGCGGGACGGGAGGUGGAACCGGAAGGCGAAGAAACUGAAACAGCAGCCGAAGGUGAAGGUGACGACGAGGACAGUGUUACUAGAUGUAUCUGUGACUUUGAACAUGACGACGGAUAUAUGAUAUGUUGUGACCGAUGCUUAGUAUGGCAGCACGUCGAUUGCAUGGGCAUUGACCGCUCGAACAUUCCUGACGAAUACCUCUGCGAGAGAUGCCGACCACGACGAGUGGACAGACAGCGGGCACGCGCCCUGCAAAUGCGUAAACGCGAGGAGCUCCUCAACUCGGACACGUCGUCCGACGCGUCGUCCACCAGUUCGGCGGACACGGACGUCGGUUCGGCGAACAACCCCACGGCACCGAAGAAACGCCCGCUUCCGCAGCAACAAACGCAAAUUCCGAGGCGCAACAAGUCCGACGCAUCCGCCCAGUCGUCGCAGGUGCGAAGGUUAAAUAACAACAACAAUAACAACAACAAUAACGUGGGGAAGAGGCAGAGAAGGGACUCGCAAGCCCGGCAAUCGAGCGCCGUGCGCAAGAAGGAGAACACCACCCCGAAGCGGGGACCUGGAAAACGUAAAGCCAAGAGGAGAACGAGUCUCGACGACAAAGAGGAGGAUGUGCAGGAUGCCUGGGGCACUAACAUGGCGCCCCUAAGGCAGUGGAUCGAGAGAUAUGAAGAAGCUGUUACGAAUCAUUACAGUCCCGAAUUGCGAGCCAGGAUAUCGAACAUCAAAGUCAACGGCACGCACAGCGACCUCAGGCAAAGUAACAUGAACGUCGUUGCCACCGGUAAAUGCCGACUCAACGUGCACAGCAAUAAUCUUAGAUUUUUAGUGGCGACAAUGUACCUCCCGCCGAACACUCCCGUCGUGGAGUUACGUGGCAAAUAUAUGCUCAGCACACAACACCGGCUGCAGUAUACGCAAAGCGGUAGGCAGCACGUUCAACGGCCCGGACCAUUCGUGUUCUUCUACCGUCUGCCGCGCGACGGCACCGAGGUGUGCGUAGACACGCGGACGUACGGAAACGACGCGAGGUUUGUGCGACGUAGCUGCAAGCCGAACGCCGAGGUGAAGCACUGCAUCGAGAAGGGCACGCUACACCUCUACAUCGUGACGACAUGUGCAAUCGAGAAGAACGCCGAGAUAACGAUCAAGCACGAGCAGCACGAUCUGCUGCUGUCACCCAAUCCCAAUUCCCCCGCGAUGCCCGUCGUGUGCGCGUGCAACAAUCCGCGGGAGUGUCAGAUUGCGAACGCGGCGAGCCAGCUGAAUAGAAGAGGUAGCAACGGCGCUCUCGUCGAAAAUGCCGAUGGCAGAGAACGAAGGCGGCGGGGUAGAAGAAACACGGUCUGCGAGGAAACCGAUUCCACGCCACCAGCAGCUGCUCCUCCCACGAGUGUCGCGCAAGUCGUUACGACGACUGCAACAACGUCGUCUGUAUCAUCGACGGUGACGCCCGCGACGCCGAGGCGAAUCGUCACGACCACGGUUACGACUGCAACGACCCGUCAAGUCGCCAAGGAGGAAACCACCCCGGCCGUAACGAAUAUACAGCCUCAAACGUCGCCUAGUUUGAACCAGUCGACGGCGGUGACGACGCCGGAAACGAAAAAGGACAAAAAGAAGAUGACGCGGGAAGAGAGGAAGAUGGAAGCGAUCAUGAAGGCUUUCGAGAGGCUGGAGAAGGCGGAACAGAGGAAGCAGGAGGUGCAAGCGAGAAAUGCGCAACGAAAAGAAUCUGGCGGCGCGCACAGCGACAACGAGGAUAGUCAUUCGACGACCGGGCAGUCCAAGAGCAGUAAACAGACGAACUUGGAGAGACCGUUGCGGCGGCGAAGGAGGAAAGGUCGAGCGAGGACGACAAGUUCAUCUCAGUCGCAGGGCAGCAACCGAAGGACGAGAUUGAACUCCGCCGAGUCCGACGUAUCCUCCGGGGACGAGAGCAAUUCCAUGCAGUCGCCGCCUCUGCUGAGUCAGAAUCGUCCGCCCAGCCGGGACGUUCCCUACUCGUCGCACUUACACACCCCGUCUAAGAACACGACGGGCGACGUUAGCAAUACCGGAUCGUCGUCCGGCGGUCAUCAAGGAAUUCCCACUGCAGCUGGGUUACUGUUGGCCUUAGCUAACUCAAACGCCCCCGGUCCUCCGAGCUCGCCGCCGUUACAACAACCAACUCCUGUCAAAAGUCCUACCUGUGACAGCGGAGCCAGUAGCAGCUCGCAGAGCUCUACGCCGUCGACACCAUUGUCGUCUGCCUGCUUACUGGUGGCCGCCGCGGUCGGACCUUUGGCACCGGGUUUCAAGUUCCCGAAGACGAAGAAGGUGUUGAUGAACGAGUGGCUAAAGGAAUCGCCCGAUCCGCCGCAAGCUAAUAUACCGCAAGUGUCGCCUCUACCGGCUCUACCGUCUGCUGGCCCACCAACCUUACAAAAUUCCAUGACCUUACAAAAUCCUCUGUGCGGCAGACAUUUCUCGCCGGUGCCGGCGGACGCUUCGGCGGAAUUCCUGUCGCAGAGUUACGCGGCCAAAAGUCUAGCGACCCUCGUGCAAGCUGCCAAUUCGGUUAGUGGCAUAUGCGACUCGCCGCCGCAGCGUAGACAGCAACAGCAAAUGGUUGUCGGAAAUAACAAUAACAACAGUGGCAACGGUGGCUGUCCGGCGGUAUCUACGGGCUCGGCAAAGAAGCGAUGGUUGCGCCAGGCGAUCUCGGAAGAGUGCGAUUCGCCCAAUAGCCGGCCUGAGAGUCCACCGUCCCUUAGCGAGACGGUAGCGCCGCCCAAGAAGCGGAGAAUAGCUCGAGAGAGUCUGUCGUCGGACAAUUACACUCCGCCGACGACGCCUACCAUGCUACUUCCGACCGAAGCAGCGCCUAACAGCAAAUCAUUGUGUCCUGCUGACGAUGACUAUACGGAACAUGUGCAAUCGCCUAUCGUAGAACAGACCGACGAAAGACAUUACGAUUCGGAAUCUGUGAAAGAAGAAAUCAAAGUGGACGAUGGAUCUACAGAUUCCGACAAACCAGUCGUUCGAGAAAAACUCUCAAUUGAUAUUUUUCCUCAGUCAGAAUUUUAUAUAAAAUGUGAAGGAAAAACAGAAUCCAGUGAUGUCAUUAAAACGGAAGAGUCUUCUGAAAUGGAUGUAGACAGUGUUACGACGAAAAAAGAAAAAGUUUCCCCGAAAUGGGAGGGGGAGUCCGAAUGUAAUUACGAUCAAUUGAAUAAGAAAAUAAUUGAGAAGAUUCGAGAGGCCGUUGAGAAUAGAGUAUCCUUCAGCAAGCUUGAUAUCAAGAAGGAGCCUUUUGCGAAGGAGGAAAUUGUCGCUAAAGGCACAGUCGAGAUAAUCGAUCAGAACGAGCCCGAUACCGAGAUGGAAGGAUUCAGUUCUCCCGUCGCUACGAUAGAGCCCGACGCGAUUUUGAAACAGCGAGUGGUCGAGAUGCAGCUGGAGUUCGGUGGCAUCGCCGAACUCGUGAGUAUUGCCAGUAACGAGAAAUCGAACGACGAGAAGAAGUCGCCCGAGGCCGCAGCGAGGUGUCAGGAGGCUGCCGAGAGGUCGGACGACAACGCCUCCAUCGACGAGUUCGACGUCGAGGCGCAGAUGAAGAAGAUCACGGGCGACGACGGUAACGACGACUAUCAGGAAAAGAUCGACACGAAUUCGGAGAAGGACAAGAGUAUGGACGGAAUAGAGGGACUGAUGGAGAGCUCGAAGGAGGACUCCGACUCCGAGGAUAAGGACGUGGACGAUGACAAGUACUGCGAAUCUUCCUUUAAGUUGUUUGAUAUCAAUCACGAAGAAACAACUUUCAAAGAGUCGGACACUAAGCCCGAUACUAAACCGGAACAGAUUAUCGUUGCAGAAGACGGCACGAAAGAGACGGAUGUGGGUACGAAUGACGAGCCCGCAAGGGAAGUCUCCAAAGCGGAAGAGCCGUCCGCCUUCGCCGCGCUGUCGGAGGAGUCUAUCUUCCCGGAGCCGGCUACUACGAACAUGGACGCGGAGUCGGUCGCGGACCCUCCCAAGAUCUUUCACUCGAUUCCACCUCUGAGCGAGCGCAUUCGCAAGAAGGCCGAUCCGUCUGCCGUGCCGAAAACGCCUAAGAUGGACUUUGAGGCGGCCAUCAUAGAAUCCACGAUAAGUAUGGACGCAGUGGACGGGUCCAAGAACGGCGAGCAAAAGUCGAUGUUGUCAACCGCGCUGCGCGAGCUCUUGGAAGCGAAACUGGACGACGAACCGACGGCCGAAGUAAUGAAAAAUGACAUUGAUAAUGAGAUUAACGCGUCACCCCAAGUAAUUGAACCAAAAUCAGACUCCUCUGAACAUAGUUUAGACACAGUGCAGGAUUCGGCUUCGAUUCAGGAAGCGCCGAAGCCGGAAGAGACACCCGCCAAGGAGGAGGAGACCAAACCCAAAGAGAUAAAACGGUUGAAAGACCCGAGGACCGUCGUGCCGAACAGUAUGCCAGCACCAGCUUUUAAACCGGACGCUCUCCCUCCUGCCAAGCGCAAGGUUAGAAGGUUGUCUAUAUCGGAGUAUCGCAAACGCAAGCAACAGUCAUCCGGAGGAACCGGAACCGAGCCGGAAUCGUCGAACGACGCUACUACAGUGGACAAAAGUGGAGCACGAGGUAGAUCGGACAGCGCCAGCAGCGGCACUUCCUCACUCAGUUCCGACGAGGAGGGUUCCAAAGCAUCUCUUUCUCUCGACUUGGCAGGCGCUAACUCGUUGACACACUUCCCCAAUUCCGCUAAUGAGAACGAUGAAAAAAAAGGAGAGGAGGGUGCAAUUGGUUGGUCUGCAGCACCAACUUUGGUAGAACGUCAACGAGAAAACCUUACCGAGCGUUUGAAACGUGAAUUUGGAUUGUUCCUCAGUGAUGACGAGGAGGAGAGAGCUCGCAAGCAUGGUUUGACGGCUGAGGCGAUACUGAAGGCGCACAAAUCUCCGCCUCCCAACUUGGUGGUCAGCAUCCCGUCGGGAUACCCACCGGGAAUGCCGCAGCUACCCCCGCAGCCGUACAUCCCGCCGCCCGGCUCGGCGUCCAUCCACUAUCCCCAGUUCCAGAGCAAACCCGGCACGGUGCAGUACCCGAACUUCGCGAUGCCGCCGCCGACCACGUCCCAGCAACCGAUGUUCAGCACCGCCGCGCCAUCGCAGACGGCGGUCGCGGUCGUCGGCAAGCAGACGCAGCAGACGCCGUUCCUGGUGCCCCAGGCAUCCCAAGCGCCACCGGGUUCCAACCCGUAUCCACCGCAAUUCGUUCCGCCGCCUCCUCUGGCGCCGCUGGCGCCGCCGCCGCCGCCGGCCGCGAGUGCGGUAGUGCCGAUCGCCAAGCUCUCAGCGACGACGCCACCACCGCCGCAGCCCGCGGGCACCCAGGUGUCGUAUCCUCCGGCGUCGUCGGGGCAACCUCAGAAGCCAUUUUUUAAUCAUCCGGCAGCGCCGAGAUCGUAA